AUGAAGUUCACUGGAUUCGCCGUCUCCCUCGCUCUUGCUGGCGUUGUUUCUUCCGCCGCUCUACCUGGUCUCCCUCUCUCCGGCUCCGAGGGUGUUGUUGGUGGUCUUGAGGGUGCCGCUGCCGGUAUCAUUUCUGGCCUUGGUAAACGCCAGCUCGACGCUGUCACUCCCGUAACCGAGGGUGUUGCUAGCUCUCUGAACGGUGGCACUGGCAUUGUCGGCAGCGCUGUCGGCACUGUGGAGAGCACCACUGGCGGUAUCGCUGGUACUGCUGAGAACAGUGUGACCGGUGCUCUGGGAGCUGCCAAGCGUCAGGUCGACGGUGUAGAGGGCACAGCUGAGGGUCUCCUCGGUAGUGCGGGCGUCAAGCGUCAGCUUGAUGCUGUUCAGCCCGUUACCGAGAGCAUUGCUAGCACUCUGAACGGUGGCACUGGUGUUGUUGGUGGUGCUGUCGGUACUGUUGAGAGCACCACUGGUGGCAUCGCUGGCACCGCUGAGAACGCUGUUUCUGGUGCUGUUGGCAACGUCAAGCGUCAAUUCGGCAAUCUCCCUGCCACUCUUUCCCAGACUGGUACUGAUGUUCUUGCUGGUCUCAGCGGCAACCCGAGCGGCCUCUACGGUGCCCUUAACAACCUCCACACCAUCGUCGCCGCCGGUGAGAUCAGCCCCGACCAGCUGAACAACCUCCCCGCUGCUGUCCAGGGUGUCAUCGCCAACCUGGCUGUUGCAUAA